GAAGCUCCUCCAGGCUGCUGGAUUCAUUCAGCGUGGCGCUGUGGAGGAGGAGGGAGCAAAUCUUCGGGACAUGCAGGGAAAAUCAGGAACAUUUUAAAGUCUUUUUCUGCUUAAGCUCCUCAGCAGCUCUGCAUAAAUAGCAGCCUGACUAUCAAAUCUGGGCUUUUGGAUCUUGUGCUUGUGAAAUCCAAUGACUUCUACUGAGGCUGACUGCUGAAGGAUCUAGUAGAGGUGGUUGAGCUGGAAGAGUUUAAAGUUGAAGAGUCCAAAGUAACAUUUUUUUGAGCUGGAAAGGCCUUAACUGGGAAAUCCUGAGCUGAAUGAGCCUGAGCUGGAAGAGCCUGAGCUUUGGAAGUCUCUAAGCUUUCACUCUCCACUGAAUGAGGAACGGUGGGCGAGAUGGUGCCUCUCCUUCUAUAGGAUGUAGAGCAGAGGAGACGGAGAGAAAGGAGCGUGUGGAAAGGUAGCGAGUGGGCAGUGGGCGCGACAGGACCACAGACAGAGGAGAGCGAGCGCGGGAAGCUGUGAUUCUCUCCAGAGUCAGAAUUGGUUUCACUGAUAAACAUGUGUCACGUGAUCGUGACGUGCCGCUCCAUGCUCUGGACUCUUCUCAGCAUCGUGGCGGCCUUCAGUGAGCUCAUCGCCUUUAUGAGCACCGAUUGGCUGGUGGGAUUCCCGCGGACACCCGACGCAGUCAUCUCCUCACACGGUGCUCCAGCUGCAGGGGAGGCGUACCGCCCCACGCUAGGCCUAUAUGGACGCUGCAUAAGGCUGCCCCAGCUUCGGCGCGGUGUGCUGUGCGGACCGUAUGCUGUCCACUUCGGCGAGAUCGCCAGUGGUUUCUGGCAGGCCGCCUCCAUCUUCCUGGCAGCAGGAAUUCUUCUGCUCUGCGCUGUCGCCUUCAUCUCAGUCUUUACCAUGUGCUUCCAAAGUAUCAUGAAGAAGAGCAUCUUCAAUGUGUGCGGACUACUGCAGGCCAUUGCAGGUCUAUUUCUAAUCCUGGGGCUGAUGCUGUACCCUGCUGGUUGGGGUUCGGAUAAGGUGCAGCUGUACUGCGGCCCGGACGCCUCCCCGUAUAAGCUGGGCCUGUGCUCCAUGGGCUGGGCCUUCUACACAGCACUGGGCGGCACUGUCCUCACCUUUAUCUGCGCCGUUUUCUCCGCACAGGCCGAGAUCGCCACGUCUAGCGAUAAAGUACAAGAGGAGAUUGAGGAGGGGAAAAGCCUCAUCUGCCUUCUCUGAAAGAGAGAAAGAAAUAGAGAAAGCAAGCAACAAUGUUCUGUUCUGCAUCUCCAUCGUGGCCUUAUUGUGAACCGUGUGGGACUUGUGGUCCCCCUAUCUGGUCUCCUUUAUCAGACAGCAGCCUUUUACCACUACAACUGACUCCAAGACUUUGUGUUUUUAUGUGGGAGAAAUCCGAGGUGCCAAAGCUUCCUGUUUUUCCUGGAGCUGUUUUUCUUGUCUUUUUCUAUUACUCUUUUUUAAAACAUCUUUUUCACCUUGUUUCCGUUUACAGUGCCAGCUGUGCUCCUUACACUUUAAUGAAUUGUAAAUAUGUGUGUAUAUACUGUACAUGAUGAUGAUGAUGAUUAUGAUUGUGUUGAGAAGAUGGAGAGGAACAUGUCAGUUGGAGCUUUGAGAACUGAUGCUCCUGGGCAUAUAAAGGUGCUGAAACCAUGAAACCACUAUCUCAGAGGAAAAAAAAAAAAGCUCUUCUCCUCCCCUUCCUAUCUUCCACCCUUUUUUUUACCUGGUGCUGAUCCUGGGUCAGGCUGCCCGCUAAACUCUAAACUCCAUAAAAACAUGCUGCCGGUGCUAGGUUGGUUUUAUUUGAUGAGGUUGUGUGAUGUAGCUGUAAAUGUAGCUGGAUGACUGCUAAAAGACUCCUGAGGAGCUCCAGGUCCAGCCAGUCAGAAAAGACAGAUCACUUAAUUAUUCAUGUCCUAAUAUAACAACCAGAAAUGAGUUAAUUUGAUAUUGGAUUUAAAUUCAGUUAUACACUCUCAUAAAACAGCUGUCCAAACCUGUUACUGGGGUGGUACUUGCAAGAGCAUGUCCUUAAUGCCUUUGCUUAAGGGACAAAUAUGUAGUAUAUUACUUUACAGCUGUUUUUCCCUACUGCUGUUUGAUCAUGUUGUACCUAUGCAGGGACAUUUGCACAUUUGUUAGUUAUUUUGGUGAACAAAAUGUACCUGUACAGUAACUUGUUUUCUGACAGUGUAGCACAGUGUAGAUUAAAGGAACACUGCUAUUACUAAUGAUAUCCAGGUCCAGUCUAUUACAGAAGACAAUUCACUCUGCAAUUAGUAUUGUCUGUAAAACUGUUAGAUUCAUACAAGGCCAUUUGAAAUUUACCUUUGCCUUAAUUUGUAGUGGUAUCAUGAAUGCUCUGUACCAGAACCGCAUGUUUUUUAGCAACAAAUACAGAUUGUGUUUGGGAUCUGAUGACCACCAGGUUUAACAAUGGAGGCCUUUGCUGCAUUUGCUGUGCAGCAACAUACUGACCCAACUGCUGGUGUGAUGAUCUUGAAAGCCAUUGUCACCCCUAGUACUGAUAAAAGAGACAAUAAAGGCUUGUUUAUACUUUUGCGCAGAGUCAAUGCAUUGUCUGCACAAGUGCCAUACUGAGAGGGGCACAUGAAUUCUAUGUUCUCUAUGUUCAUGUGUCUGCGACUCUUUGUCGCUCUGCAGUUUAAACCGAGAAGGGGGAAAGUGUAGGCGGGAACACAUGGUUUGGCGGAGCAAUCACAGCUGCUACUUUCUGUGUCACACAACACCUGGGUACAUGUCUGGGGAGGUGCGUAUCAUAUAAAUAAAAUUACAGCUCGGCGAUAUUUGCAAAACAUUGAACUGGAAUUUUUCAGCAGGAUAAUGCUCAUCCACACACUCCUUGUUGCAUAAUGUUUUGUCAGUGACAGUAUGAGUAGUGGCUUCACUCUUGAGCAGUGGAAACUACACUAAAAUGAAUUCAGUCAGGUUACACUACACAACCUCCCCAGGGAAAAUUAACCAAGCUCCAACACAAGUCUUACCUGGAACUGCAGGAUGUUACUGGGUAAAUGAGUAGGAGGAAGAUGAGCAGGGUGGGCAGAGUGAGAUGACCCACUGAGUUUUGAAGCCCUGUGUGCUCAUCCAGAGACUAAGUAUGUGUGUAUGUGCAUGUGAGUGUAUGUGAGUGUGUAUGUGUGUAAUCAGCAGCUGUAUUUCCGUCACUCUGCCAAAUAAAUAAACCUGAUCAAACUGUG